AUGUCACGACCUGGCCUCGUCUCGCGGCCGUCGAGCGUUACGACCAAGUCUAAAAUUAUAGUGCUGGUCACAGGCGGAAAUGCUGGUGUAGGCUUAGAAAUGGUCAAAGUCAUCAAGGAUCUGCCCAAUCAUCAGGUCCUCCUAGGCUGCCGAGAUGUACAUAAGGGGGAGGAGGCUGUGGCUGCGAUGGGAGCGCCUUUGAACGUCAAUCCUAUUGGACUGGAUAUUGGAGAGGACGACAGUAUCGAUCAUGCGUUUCUUGCGAUUCAGCAGCACUUCGGCAAGCUGGAUGUACUUAUCAAUAAUGCCGGGACGACCGGUCGAGAGCUCCCCGAAAACGUCACUGUCCGCCAAAGAGGCGAGCAUAUCUUCUCAACCAAUGUCAUCUCCACCGCCGCCCUCACUGAAAGACUCAUUCCACUUCUCGAGAGAUCCACGCUCCCGAAGGUAAUGUUCAUCUCCUCAGGCGCCGGCUCCUUGUCGAAACUGCAAGUCCGCGAGCCUCUCUCGGAGAACUUCAUGUACGGAAGCAGCAAGUCCGCUGUCAACUACCUGACAAUACAUUAUGCGCGGAAGUAUCCAGAGUGGAAGGUCAACAGUGUUUGUCCGGGUUUAAGGGCUACGAAGGCCAGUGGAGUGGACUUGAAUGAUGAGACAGAUCCGGCCAAGGGAGCAGUGAGAGUACUCGAGCUGAUCAAAGAGGGCAAGGAUGGCGUCACUGGGACCUAUUCCAACAGCGAGGGACCUAUACAGUGGUAG